UAUAUUGUCUUUGAAUUCAAAAUUCCAUUGAAUAUGUUUCGCAAAAUCUUCGUUGGCUCCUUGAGCAACCAGCAGUCUUUAGUCCGGAGCAGACUCCGCACACCCUUCCGUGACUGCCUAGCUAGGAAUAAUUUUGCACCCUUGGACAGUCGAAGAUGGGUAACGGCGAUGGCACGUGAAGAUCGCGAUGAUCCUUGUUCGCAUCGUCACACUCGCAGACGUGCACCGGAUGAUAAACAAAUACAGGCAAGUCGACAGCCUUGUAAUGUUCGUCUAUGUCGUCGUGGAAAGCCGGAGUCGGAGGGGAAUGGUUUGUUUCAAGGAAGGCAGUUGCUUGAACCGUCGCCUCAUCGAAAAAUGAGCUCAUUAGCGAAUGUAGACCCAGAAAAGGAAAGCGAGGAGCCUCUCGGAGUUGCCGCUAAUCCACCAGGUCCACCAAAAGGGAGCAAACAACUUCAAAUUAGUGAUGGAAGUUCCUCUAAAAGUGGUGGUGGUGGUGCCUCUAAGAGUGGAGGCAUUACGUCCACGACAAAGGCACGGGUCAUAACAUUGAUGCCAGGUGAUGGCAUUGGGCCAGAGAUCUCGCUGGCUGUGCUUGACGUGCUAAAGGCAGUGGGGGCACCACUGAUAUUUGAGCCAGUGGAUGUGACACCGGUGACGGACAGCACGGGCAAGGUAUCCGUUCCACAAGCAGUGAUUGACAGCAUGACACGCACCAAGCUGGGUCUCAAGGGUCCGCUGACGACGCCAGUUGGCAAAGGCUUCCGUUCGCUGAAUCUCCUUCUGCGUGUGCUCUUCAACCUGUAUGCGAAUGUGCGACCUUGUCGCUCUUUGGAUGGCGUUGAGACGAUCUAUGGCAAGGUGGACAUUAUAACCAUACGCGAGAACACCGAGGGGGAAUACUCUGGCAUCGAGCAUCAGUUGGCCAAUGGAGUUGUGCAGAGCAUCAAACUGAUCACACGACAAGCCUCGUUGCGAGUCGCCGAAUACUGUUUCAAGUAUGCCUUGGCCAUGAAACGCAAAAGGAUUACGGCCGUCCACAAACGUUCGAGCAUGCGGAUGUCGGAUGGAUUGUUCAUCAACUGUGUGCGUGAGGUAUAUGAGAAGUACAAGGAUAAGCUAGAGAAGAAUGGCAUCGUUUACGAGGAGCAGACCAUUGGCAAGGUCUGUCUCAAGAUUGUGGCCAAUCCCCUGAGAUAUGAUGUGCUCGUAAUGCCCAAUCUGUAUGGCGAUAUCCUGUCGGAUACGUGUGCGGGUCUCAUUGGCGGACUGGGUCUGACGCCAUCUGGCAACGUUGGCAUCAAUGGCGCCAUUUUUGAGGCCGUCCACGGCACAGCGCCAACCAUCGCUGGCCAGGACUUGGCCAAUCCGACGGCACUGCUACUCUCCGCAGCCAUGAUGCUGCGCUACAUCGAUAUGGGCAGCUAUGCUGAUAAGAUUGAGCGUGCCGUCACCGUAACCAUUAGGGACGACAAUGUGCGCACCAUGGAUCUGGGUGGCAAGGCCAAGUGCUCCGAAUUUACCAAGGCACUCAUUAAAAAUCUCAAUUGAUGUCCUCGGCUAUAGUUAAUGUUCUGACAGAGAUAGGAUCUUUGAGUACGUCAUAUAUGUAUUAAAUAAUUAGUUGGAAACAAAUAAGUAAAAGUCUACAUAAGAAUGUAUUUAGCUACAAUUUGAAUUAUGCUUCCAUAUAUAAAUAUAUAUAUUAAUUAAUAAGAA